AUGGCGGAAAAGCUUAAUCAGAAAUUCAGAGAACGAGCACUUUCACGCCAACUCAUCCUGCAAAAAUAUGCUAGUUCUUUAUUAGAUUUGCUUCAACAUACAGGGUUUCCUAAAGUGAUGCAUUUUCUGUUUUCAUCCUUCAAACUUGACAAAGACAUCCCUCAUGACCAAAUUCACUUCCAAAUGCAGUUGAUUCUGCUCCCCAGCAGCCUGAUCAGAAGAAUUUCGGCGAGAGUAUUGUCUGCGGUGGAGGACAGGGAGAUUCACCAGAAGCUUCCACGAUUUCCUGCUCAGACAAUCAGUCAAUACCUACUGCGUGAAGAACACCGUAUAGAGUACAUGGGAGCGUACAAUAGGGAUUCUCCUCUGCCUUUGUCCCUGUCAAACUCCGGUGGAAACUUGCAGACGCCCGGGAUCGGGGAAAGACCUGCAUCCGGAGGCCCCGCGGUGGACAAGGAAGAGCUAAGUGCGGGGCGCUGGGCGUGGAGCGGAUCAUCACUAAGGCCUACGUUGCCCUGGUCCGAGGGCGAGGACGGGAUGACCAUCAGCCAGGUGGCCCUGUCUCCAAGGUGCUGCUGCAGCCGCUCACCGGCCGGACGCCCCAGCUGCGGGUGCACUGCAGCGCCAGAGGCCACCCCAUCAUGGGCGAUUUCACCAACAGGCUCGGGCGGGACAGUAUGAUGCUGCACGCCCUCCACCUGCGCAUCCCAACCGGCCCCAAACUUGUGGAGGCCACCGCCCCAGACCCCUUCAUCCCCUCCCUAGGCCCCUGCUGGGUCUCCUUGCGCACAGUCCAACCCCUUAACACCGUUUUUGACACCAAUCUACAUGUUUUGUUUCGUUGUCUGUCUCCCCCUUCUAGACUGUGAGCCCGUUGUUG